AUGGCAAUUUCUGACUCUGACCCAGAAAGUUCUCAAGAUUACAAUGAAAUCUUUGAAGAAAAAGAUUGCUGUAAUAACUCUGAGUCCGACCCGGAUUAUCAUUUGGGUACGGACUCAAGUUACAGCAAUGACAAGGACACUAGCACCAAUUUGGCCAAGCAUUCUAAUUUCAGUAAUGUGAAAGACCCAGAGUUGGGGAUGGAUUUUUCACACAUUGAUGAUAAAAGUUACGAGAAUGUUCAAAAUAUUAUUAAAGAUGGGAGGCUAGAGAAGGUUAAAGUAGAUGAGUGUAAAGUUUAUCUGAGGAGAAAUGGACUUAGAUUGAGUGGAAACAAGGAUGUUCUGAUUCAACGCAUAAAGGAGCAUUUAGAAAUCUCAAAUGGUGGAGGGGAGAAGAAAUAUCCAUUAUCAAGCUUUGUAGUGAACUGCACAGGUGAUGCAUGCACUGGUGAUGUUGUUAUGUUUGAGCAGAAUGUUUAUGAAAUGUUUAACAUAGCAUCGCAAAGUGCUUCUGGUCCUCCAUGUGGUACAAGAAUUGUUGUAGGGCGCAUUGUCAAAGAAAGCUAUGGCAGUGCCAAGCAGCAGCAUACAUUUACUAUAGAGGUCCUUUGGAGUAAAGGAGAGAAACCACUUUCUCCACUUCAUCCCCUCCUAAUCAAGGCGAACCUUUACCGACUAAAGACCUUGAGACAGAGAUGGAAGGAUGAAGGGGAGAGGCAAAAAGUUUUGGUGGAAAAGCAUUCAAGGGGCUCACUAGCCAGGUCAGAUAGAGAAGUGCUGUUGAGCAUUGUUACUAAUAUCAUGUUGGACUUUAGAAUCUUAAAAAGAGAAGAAAAGAACAAGAAAAAGUCCCAGACCCAGUUAAGUUCAACAACAACAACGAAGGAAAUUCAACCUCGACAGCCAAGCUCAUAUACUAAUUCAGGGUUCAUAGCACCCCAACAUCAACAAUCAGGUUCAACUGUUGAAGGAGGACACCUAACAAAUCAAAACCAUGGGUCAGGAUUUCUCUUUGAUUUGGAGAAGCUAUCAAUUAGAAGUCGUCAGUCAGUUUCUAGUCAUAACAAUCAUUUACGAGAUCAAGUUCCUCAUAACUUGGUUGAGACCAGUGGCAUUCAGGAGGUGCAGCUUCAAAAGGGUGAUAAAAUUUACUUGAACAGCAUCCAACCAAACUUCCCUAUGGAUAGAUACUGGAAUCUUACCAAUGGCAGAUUCACAGCAAAUGAAUUUCCAGAGACGAAUUAUCGUAGACAAUGGCUAAGAAACAUGGACCAUUGUCAUCCAGCAACUCCACCACAGAGACAAGGCUUCCUUUCGCAACAAAUUUGCCGAUAUUAUUCUCAAGGACGAUGCUAUUAUGGAGAAAAUUGCAAAUUUUUGCAUGAACCAAGAGAGUUGCAUGUAGCAGAGGAAAGACGUGCCAAAGGCAAUUCAAGUAAGAUGGCUUUAUGAACAAUAAAAAAUUUUGUAUGUAGAAAGACUGAUGGGACAUUUCAUAGUGUAAGGAGUAAUUAAGCAUCAUGUUUUUAGUCACUUCUAUUUGGAGAUUACUAUAUUACCUUUGUCUUGGAACUGAAACUGCCUAAACUGAAUUC